AUGAGACCUCCAGUAAUUGCGUCCAGACUACCUGAAACGAUUCCAGACGACCACCUUUUGUACCGCUUUCUGGACGGACUCCAACCGAACAUUACGGAACGUGUACAUCUCGUCCGCCCAAGUACAUGGGAGGAGGCGGUGAACGCGGCAGAAUAUUUCGAAGCUCUAGACGAGCAGCCAGCAGACGAACCGUCGGAGACGAAGUACGACGAAGCAUUUCUCAUAAUGAACGUGGAAGAACAAUUGGCCAACAUCCGGCACGACCUUGCCUAUGUGGAACAGCACUACGAAAACUUCAGCCGUGCAGCUCUUGGAGCAGUUUUGACCUCCGUUCGAGACAAGCUGAACGUGGUUCAAACAGCUACAAUGCAUGGACCUCAAAAGCACGAGAACGUGAUUUUCACAGCCAAUUUGAUCGUGGACGACCAACCUCUAAGGGUGGAGGGAAAGAAGCGCACCCUCAUUGAGAUGUACGAAGGAGGGCAGACUCAGACGCCCAACGAACCCUGCGAACGUCCAGCAAAGACGACAGACUCGCCAGAACAGAAGAACAACGCCAAGUGGAACCCGUACGCGACUGGCAUCGACUACGAAGCAUGCAGUCGCAAAGUGAAGAACAAGAACCCCUUUGCAGCCGAACCCAUUCACGUAGGGAGUCUGGUGACCCCUAUCUUUCACGAGCCCAAGUACAAAAGAGCACCCGUCUGCAUUGUGAGACGAUUCUCUGGCGAACUCACCAUCGAAGUAAAGACAGAACAUGGGGAAGUGAAGGAGUACCGCAUCAACGAACGCAUUCGCAAUGUAGCCCACUUCCGCAACAGCGCAAAGCAGUAG